UUUAAGUUGAAUUCCAACAUGAAUUUUGUACAUGCCCCAUUUUGUUGAUUAAUUAGCAGACAGAUGCAUGUGAUACCAUUUCCUUCGCUGAUUCCACCAUCUCUAUAUAUUAUCUCCAAACUCUCUUUUGCUCAAACAAACAACUUCACAUUCUCUUAAAACACUAUCCUUCAUUGUAAAAGAAAAUCCAAUUCCCUCAUAUUUUAUAAUAAUUUAUCCAAGAAACGAUGGCAGUACGCUUGCCUAGUGUUCUUCGUGCUUCUUUCUUGUCUGCAAAGAAAUCUACUUCGAGAUCUUCAGAUGUGCCGAGAGGUUUCUUAGCAGUGUACGUUGGCGAGAUAGAGAAGAAGAGGUUCUUGGUUCCAGUAUCGUACUUGAACCAGCCUUCAUUCCAAGAUUUGCUAAAUAAAGCAGAAGAAGAAUUGGGGUAUGAUCAUCCCAUGGGUGGUUUGACGAUUCCUUGCACUGAAGAGAGUUUCAUAGAUGCCACUUCCAACUUGAGCAGAGCAUAAAUAGGAGAAUAUAUAGAGUUCUACACUAACAACACAAACAGUUUUGUACCAUAGGAAUUUCGUAUGCAAUGUAAAUAUAUUACUUCAAACACUAA